GAUGUGACACGUCCCGACGCUUUUCCACGUCGCGCGCCCAACGGUUGAGGCAGGGGUGGCUGCGCGCGCUCGUGCAAAGGCCGGGAAAAAAUGGCGGCGCCCGUCUUGCGAGUGUCCACCCCUCGCUGGGAGCGGAUAGUGCGGCUGCUCGUGUGUCUCUCAGGAAUCCUGUUAUCCCUGUACGCUUUCCAUGUGGAGAGGGAAAAGACCCGCGACGCCAACUACCGCGCCAUGUGCGACCUGAGCAGCUCCAUCAGCUGCUCCAAAGUCUUCACGUCCAGAUGGGGUCGAGGAUUUGGACUGUUAGGAACCAUUUUUGGGAACGACAGUGCAGUAAACCAGCCAAACAGUGUCUAUGGAAUCUUGUUUUAUAUCUUUCAGCUGUUACUAGGUUUGACGGCCAGUGCGAUGGCGGCUCUGAUUCUCAUGACCACCUCCAUCGCGUCAGUGAUGGGCUCGCUCUACCUGGGCUACAUCCUCUACUUCGUCCUUAAGGACUUCUGCGUGAUCUGCAUCACCACAUACAUACUGAACUUCAUCCUGUUUGUGCUCAACUACAAGCGACUGGUUUACUUGAACGAGGCCUGGAAGCAGCAGCUCCAAGCCAAGCAGGACUAGACACA